AUGAAUAAUACAACCGGCUUGGCGCUGGUAGGAGCUAGGAGCCGGGAAGGGUUACCGGCGCACCGCGUCUUAACGGGCUGUGUUCUGGCGCUGCUCAUCAUUUGGACACUUUUAGGUAACUUCACGGUGUGCGCGGCCGUUUAUCGCUAUCGGCACCUGCGCGCAAAAGUAACCAACGUCUUCAUCGUGUCGUUGGCUCUGUCGGACCUCCUGGUGGCCGUGCUGGUGAUGCCGUGGAAAGCGGUGGCCGAAGUGGCCGGUUUCUGGCCGUUCGGGGGCUUCUGUAAAACCUGGCUGGCCUGCGACAUCAUGUGUUCAACGGCCUCCAUCCUAAACCUGUGCGUCAUUAGUGUGGACCGAUACUGGGCCAUCUCCAACCCGUUUCGCUAUGAGAGGAGUAUGAAUAGGAGGGUGGCAUCCGUCAUCAUCGGUGUGACCUGGACAGUGUCUGUGGUCAUCUCCUUCGUUCCUGUGCAGCUAAACUGGCACCGGGCGGAGAUCGGUUACCCAACCGGGGAGAAUCUGGCGCACUACGGUAGUAGUAUUGACAGCUGUGACUCAAGCCUCAGCCGCACAUAUGCCAUCUCCUCUUCCCUCAUCAGCUUCUACAUCCCGGUCGCGAUCAUGAUUGUGACAUACACACGCAUCUACCGGAUAGCCCAGAUGCAGAUACGCAUGAUAUCCUCCUUGGAGCGGGCUGCUGAGCACGCGCAGAGUUGCCGCUCGGACGUUCCUGAACUGAUUUCGCACCUGUGCACAGAAAUGAGCACGCGCUCGUCUCAGUCUCACAUCAGUCUACAUCCGGACUGCCAGCCCUCUAAUCAGUCACACUGCGAGCUCAAAGUCUCCAUCAGAAAAGAGACAAAAGUGCUCAAAACUCUGAGCAUCAUAAUGGGCGUGUUCGUCUGCUGCUGGCUGCCUUUCUUUAUCCUCAACUGCGCUCUGCCUUUCUGUCCCGGACCAACUGCUCCGGCGGCCCAACGCGCCCCUUACUGCGUUAGCGAAAAAACUUUUGAUGUCUUUGUGUGGAUCGGCUGGAGCAAUUCGUCUUUAAACCCGGUCAUAUAUGCGUUCAACGCGGACUUCAGAGACGCUUUCCUGCGCCUGUUGCGCUGCCGGGGACGCGGCUUUUUGGCCGCGGUGAGUGCCGCGGUGGAGACGGUAAUGGCGAGUAACCAGGCGGGAAACUCCAAGCGAGAAAGCCCGACGAAGGUGAGGCUGGACGUCUCCUGCGCGACAAACACGAGGGGAAGUGAGGACAGUGGGAACACUACGGUGACUGUGUUUUAUCACAGAGGGACGAGGUCGGAACAAGUGACGGACACCGAGGACAGGAGCGACAGAGACAAGCUGACGCACAUUCCCAUGUGAGCGGGAUCAUUUCAGGGGUCGAGGGGUAAGGCAAACACAAGGAGAACAGACUAAACCCCGGAUGUAGAGGGACAGGAAAAGCGAAGCACUGAAUUUUUCCCACCAGGGAGAUCUCGAGGACCCACAAAAUAACCCACCUUACUGCUACACUACAUCUGGAUGUCUUCUAAAGUCUUUUUCCCCUCUUGGGAUUAGGGAGUGUGUUUGGAUAACUGUGGGUGGUGCAGCUGUUUCUACCUGUGUGUAGACAUAAGCUUUAUCUUUGCUGAUCAGUACCCAACAAAAUCUUUAGGUUAAAAUAUUCUGAAGCAAAAUUUGAAGGGGGCCUGUUGAAAAGUUUAUAAAAAUAGCAGGUUAAGUUAGGUGGAGGAAAAAAAA